AUGGUUGGGGAGGACGCCCGAAGCACAUGACGCCCGUGAUCAGCUGCCUCGGCCGAACAAAAGAUUCACCACCACAUUUCCUUGACCGCAUAAUCUAACCUCAUAUUAAAAAGCAGUGAAUCCCGUGACGCCCAUUCAACCACCUCCCGUAACAAAUGAAUACAAAUCCUCCAGCGAAGCUGCAGCGGCCAGGGAUUCCCUCUCGUCUUCUACCGUAGCCAAUCCCCUCAACCCGUCCGCUUACACGGUGCAUGCCGUCCAACCCCAGACGCCCGCCCAUUGUCACCGAAAACCCUCAUCUAUUCACAGAGCAUCCCGCAACGAUUCCCAGCUGCGCGCCCAGAUUCAACUAUAAAAGCGCGUGCCCAUGAGCGUUUCUUCCAGCCAAACAUGUCUCAAACAGCAACCAUCUCCAUCGAAGCCUACAGCGGCAAACAACCAACGCAACUGCCUUCUUCCCCAUUUCAUCGAAGCAGCUCUACCACAGUAUCUUCACGAGCGGGGUCUAAGAACAAGCCCAAGAUGGAAGACACGGCUGAUACCACUGACGUAGCGACUAAACUUCAACCGUCGACUACCCACAGUAAGAGCCCACGGCCUGCCUCCCCACGCACAGAUAAUGCUGCCCUCCCUCUUACGGCAGCAACGCCAGUCGACGCCCAACAGCAACCGCCUCCCCAGCAGCAACAGCAACCGCAACUGCAACAGCAACUUCCGUCGGCCGGUGAAAGCCCCGUGUUACCGUCACCCCAGGCCCCUUCGCCUAAGGCCCGGCAGCCCGACCAGCCGCAGCCGACCCCCAAAUCCCGCGCUGCGCCUAAGCCAGUAUCGCUGUCGGGACAAGCGCCGCCCACCACUGCUGCAGGACCACGGCGAGUAAGUGCUUCACGCAGAACCGACCCGUCCUACAUCGUCGACCCUUCCUAUGUCAUCGACGAGACAACUGGUCGGUUCAACCCGCAUCCAGAGGGCCACAUUAUCUGGGACAGGCCCAACAACCCAGACGAAGACCUCCCCUAUGGCAACUGGGCAGGAAAUCCGUCUUACAAUACGGGAUACCCGCCCUAUACUGGAUACGACAGCAGUUACAUCCACCCUCCGCCACCUGCCCCCCCUCCUCCUCAACUACAGCCUCAAGUACUUCCUCAAGGCUCCUCAUGGCGCCAACAGCACCCCCCCUCGCCGACCUCACCAAAGCGAAGCCGCCGCUCGCCAACCUUCCCUACCCACGGGCACCUGCCAGCAUACCCCCCCGAGCAUCCUCCAACAGGAUACGAGCUCCUGGCCGCGAAGCUCUCUGGCUACGAGCCGAGUUCGCCCAUCCAGCCCAUUUACCGGCGCUUCGAGGCCCUCAACCACCGCAUCAUGCUGGGCCUCCAAGACGAGCUGACCACGCUCGAAGAGAAGCUCCGUAGGCUAGAUGAGACAGACUCGGAAAGCAGGGUGCAUCUGGACGGCUAUAUGCCGGCUUCUCGACGGCUAGAGGCUAUGGACCCCACGGAACUCACCGACACCCGACGGCAGCUGAUUAACACGAUAGCUCAUCAGCUCUUCCAGUACAACACGCAAAUCAACACCAUCAAGACGACUGCUGGUUUGGGUGUUCCGUCGGCCGGUGCUAUUGCCGAAUACAAGGAGUUCCUGGCGCAGCAUGGGCCCAUAGUGCCCACCGAAACGCGGUUCCUAGACCGGGAGGAUGACCUGGUGUGUCUGUAUGACACGACAAUUUAUCCUGGCAAGGAAGUCCCGCGGGCGGGCAUGGCGACGCCCACGCCCGAGAGGAUGGUCAAGGCGCAGGAAGACAGCAGACUGCCACGGGGCGCCUCGAAGGCGGUGCAGUAUGCUGCCUUGGGCGCACUGGGCGCGAUUGGUGUGCCCAUGCUCGCCUUCCAGUUCAUACCGUGGUUCAUUGCCCGGAUGACGAUUGUCUUUUUGGUCGGGCUCUUUGCAUUCGCGGUGCUGACCAGCACGGGGACGUGGGCGGCGGGCGACGACGAUCGUAAUCCCACGGACAAGAUGUUCCUGGCCGUGGUGUAUGGGCUAGUCAUGGCGAUUAUCGCGGGGACGUCGCUGUGAGGAGUGAAGAGGAGCUGCGGCCACGAAGUGAAGAAGAGCUGCAUUCACAGCUAGUGGAAGGAGUGCGUCCACAGUGGUUGAACAGCUGCGAGUGGGGAGUGAAGAGGAGCUGCGGCCGCUCCUGUUGAAGAGCUGCGACCACUGCCUGAUGGGGCAGACAUGGCUACUUCCAAUGUAGGCAUGCGCGGCGUGGUCAAAUGAUGUGCAGGACCCUGCAGGAUAUCUUAUGGACCGACUACAAUGUAUGAGGUCUUGGUCUGAGGAUGGGUGGUGGGAUGUGUGGGCGUCACUUCAAUGGGUGGCGAUGUGUGGGCGUCUGUGACGACGAGACGGGCUGGGAUUAGUAGGGCGCAGCGUGCGCAACAAUACUAACAAGAGCAGCCAGGAUACUGACACUUGCAUAGAGCACCUACUCGGUGCUUUGACCGAGGAUGUGCGCUGAAUCGCGGCCAUGUGCUGCCAUAGGUAAAACAGGAACAGGGCAAACAGAGCACAGCAACAACGCACAGGCGAGGAAACACUCACCUCCGUUCUUUCACAGACCAAGGAAACAACAGCACAAAACUUUUCUUUUCUUUCUUCCUUUUUUUUUGUAUUAGAUACUACUUGAAACUGUACAUUAAUGUCUCCUGUCCCGAAUAGAAAUGCUUCUGUCGAAUCUUCU